AUGGCAACGGCCUUAGCAAGAGAGAGAUCUGAUCAAUGGCGGAACUGGUGGAGCUCGUUCAAGUCGCGUUGGAGGAGUAGCGAAUCGACUCCAAGCGCGGACGACGAGCGUACUCCUAGAGAAGCGGGAUCCGCCGAGGAUGGGACGGAAGGCGGCAGAGACGAAGAAGGGGAGGGGGGAGAGGGAGAGGAGUCGGAGGAGGAAAGGGAGGGGGACGAGGGGGAGGAAGGGGAGGAAGGGCAAGGCCGUGUGGAGGAAUACGUGGGAGAGGAAGAGGAGCAGGGGGGAGACAGGGAUGCGGAGGAAGACGAGGAGGGGGGGUCAGACGAGGGAGGGGAGAGUAAUGACGAAGGGGAGUGGGACGAGGAGGAGGAGGGCGAUGAUUGUUAA